AAACAAUUGUGUCUAUGAAUGUUAAUGUGUAGGUGUUGUGCAUUUUGUGCAUAGAAGAAUCAGGCAAAAAUAUUAGGCGAUACAAUUAGGUAUCUUAAUUACUUCAAGUAGUUAGACUGGCUUCAAUUUAUUCAAUAUUUUGUUCGUCUUUAAACUUUCUUAUCAAUACAUUUUUUGUUUAGAGGAGAGUAAAGUUAAAUAAUUUUAUAAAGAUUUUCGAAAAUAUUUAAUAUAUUCAUUCUUAGUGACUAAUUAAAUACAUAUAUACUUACAUAUAAUCAUAAUUAAACAUAUUUACAUAGAGAUUAACAUUCAAAGUGUAAAACUUUCAUUUGUACUUUGAAUGAGUGAUGGGGGAACUGAACUAAUCAUUAAAUUAUUAAUAAUAAUAAUUGUUCCGUGUAUUAUAAGAAUUUUCUCAAGUAUAUCCUUGGUCUCCAGCUUUUGGUUGGCUUGAGAUUGGAGACGAAAUUCUAGAAAUUGAAGGUCAUUUAGGUACCGAAUUAACAGAACAAGAAUCUUAUUCACUUACUGAAUUGAAAAGUAAUUAUCUACGUCUUGGAAUUCGACGCUUACCAAUGUUUAGUAAUCAGUAUAUGGGAACAAGGCCAACUUCUAGAAAUCUUUCAAGAGCUGCCAGUACAACAGUAUAUGGUCAAUCUGGACCAUAUUCUAGACUUAAUGCACAACAACCUCAACAGAAACCAGUAAAUGCCAAAGAUAAUAAUGAUGUUGAACCAGAAGAAGUUGAUUACAGUUUUAUGAAUCUACCAGUUCGUGAAAGACGAAAACUUUUUCUUGGUGGAGGCCAACCGCCUAGUAUUCAAAGAGGUUAUCUACAUUCAUUAACAAUGCCAAGAAAAAGAAACGAUGUAAACAAUUUUCAUAAUCGAUAUGAAACUCAAUCGGAAUAUGGUGGAACAGAUCAUAACUUUGGAUGGGAUGCUCCAGUAACACCAACAUGGGUUAGAGAAAAUCGUACAACCAAUACCAGUGAACCAGUAAAAUCAAGAUCAACUAAAACAUUCAGUUUGUCUACAAUGCCAUCAGAAAAAUCAUUUCAACAGGAAUUCACUCAAUACGUUGCUGGACCAGCUUCACCUCGUUACAAUCAGAGCCCACCUGCUACUACAAACUAUUUCAAUACUGUGCAACCAAAAUCUAAUUAUAAACAAAACUAUCCUCAAUACUCUGCAACUAUACAUGUUCAAGAUUCACAUCCAACUGGGAACAUAACAUCUGGACGAGUGUACAAUGGAAGCUCAACACGUAUCUACCCAGCUAAACAAUAUAAUUCAAGUUCAUCACCUGUUAGACCAAUUACACCUUCAUCAGUCUAUCCAUCAUAUAAUUCGUACAAUUCAAUAUCGCGUGGUUCCGGCAGAGUUGUACAACCUCUACGUGUAAAUGUAUACAACAGCGAUAAUGCAUCUACGGUAUACAGUCCACAUAGAAAAGUAGAAAGUUCUCCCAACUGGAAUCCUAGUUCACCUAUUUAUCCAGCAUAUCCAGCCUAUAUGGAUAAAUCAAAUCAUGUUGAUAUUCAGCCUUUACGUUAUAGACGAGAGCAAUCUGUUCGACCAGUAACAAUCUAUUCAACAAAUAAUCCAUCAACCAAUACAACAAUUGAAACGAAACAAGUAUGGAAAGCUAUACCAGCUCAGAAUUGGUUAGAUACACAAAGAACAGUACGUAGUGGUACAUUUAUAACUACAACGAAGAAAAUUCCUAGUGGACGACGUCCAGAUAUUAACAAUGAUUCAUCAGGUGUGUCAGAGUUUUAAAUAUCAACAUCUGUUUCGAUUUAACAACAAUAACAUUACAUAACUACUUAUAUAUUGUCAAAUAUGAAAUAAAAAAGCAUUUUUACAUUUCUAGUAAUCAAUAUGACAUCGGAAAAUAUUAUAGAAUUAGAAGAGUUCAAUUGAAUAGGAAUUGUUCUUCAUUUUAGUAAGUUAUUUCCCAAGAUUACAUCUAGUCAUUUAUUUUACCCUCGUUUUAACGCUAUUUAAAUCAUCAACUAAGGUAACAUAUUUGUUUGCUUCUUUUUGCUUUGAUUUUAACAACAAAUAUAUAAGAUGACUCUUUUGUUUUGUUUAGUUUUUUCGUCAUGGUUUUCGUCUACAAACACUAAUGAGAUAAAAAAAAGAAAAGUUAAUAAUGAAUUUAUAUAGAAUUAUUGUUAUUAUUAUUAUUACACUUUUUUGUCUUCUCAAAAAUUGAUUCUCAUUACGUUCCUCUUUCUCCUCUUACUUAAGUGUUAUUUCGUAGGAUUACAGUUUUAUUUUCAUUUAAGUUGAAGAUUAUAAUUCUUCAAUUUAUUUUGUUGUAAUUCAUUGAUAUAAAAUAUUAUUUAUCUUCAAAAUUGCAUGAGUUUAUUGUAUUAGUUAUAUAAUAUUUGUUUUAUUCACUUAAAACUAUUUUUAUUGUUUCCAUUGUUUCAAUUAUUAUGACAAUCAUAGCUACUAAAGUUAUUAUUGGUUGUUAUUCAUUUCUAUUAAUCAUUGGCUUUAUCCUUUCAGAAUCUCUUAUUGAAUUUAAUCAAGUUACUUUAUGAUAUUUUUUAACUUCAUGGCAUGAUACGCUUUAACUAAGCUUUUGUCUUUUUUUUUAAUUUUCCAAAAAUCGAAACAUGUACUUGUUUUCUAAAUAAAAUCUUUCAUUUAAUUUAUUAAAUAACACAAUGAAAUACAAACAUUAGCAAAGAUACAUACAUACUGAACAUCACAUUAAACGAAUCUUCAAAGGAUUAUAUAUAUAUAUAUAUAUAUAUAUAUAUAUAUAUAUAUAUAUUGUGAUUGAAAUCCCCUUAUGAUUUGAUUAAACAAAUAAACUACCUUCCUUU